AUGUCUCCUAUUAAGAAGAAAGUGGUGAUCGUCGGAGACGGCGAGAGUGGUAAGACAUGCUUAUUGCGAGUGUUUUUUGAGGAUAUUUUCCCAGAAGUAUACGUGCCAACUGUGUUUGACUUCUAUUCAACCGAAAUCGAAGUUGAAGGGAAAAAGGUUGCGCUCGACCUUUGGGACACUGCUGGUCAAGAGGAUUACGACAGACUGCGACCACUGUCAUAUGGGUCCGCUGAUGUAGUGAUCCUAUGCUAUUCAAUCGAUACUCCCAAAUCGUUGAUUAACGUAAUUGAUAAAUGGGUGCCGGAAGUGCGGUAUUUUUGCAAGGAAGUGCCGGUGAUAUUGGUUGGUAAUAAGAAGGACCUCCGCGACAGCCGUCUGCAGAGUAUUGAUCUACCGCAGUCUAACCAGGACAUAGGCAACGCAACCGAAGUCACUGUUGGACAAACGAUUACUGAAAACGAAACGCUGAAAAGUAUUAGUCUGCCGGGUGAGACAGAAACUGUCGAACGGCUGCCGGUACUGGCGAAAUCGGAUGGCUACCGUGGCGGGAUAGUAACAAGACAAGAAAACUUCGACGUAUCGGAAAUUGGCCAAAAAAAUAUUAUCGGACAAGAACCAGAAAAAUCAGAAGCUACUACAGAAAAUCACAAUACGGACACACCGAGAAAAACUAGCAUUCGGAUACCUGAAUAUAAUGUCAUGACUACCAAAGAGAUUGGUCAAUCAGUGGCCGAAGAUAUCAAAGCUUUUGCAUUUUUAGAAUGUUCUUCGAAGACCAAGGAAGGAGUCCGUGAUGUUUUCGUAGCCACAGUGAAGGCGACGAGAAGGACUUCCAAACAUAGUACUCAGUGCAUUUUACUUUAA